AUGGCGGCUGCCGUUUUAUUAUUACUAAUUGCCGCCAUCAUCUUCCCAUCAUGUAUCCAUGCAGAGCCAGCAGCACCUGAUGUGAGCAGCAAUAGCAGUAGCAGAGCAUCCUUGCCUGUAUGGGCCAUUGCCAUCAUUGUGGUCUUUUUUGUGGCUGUUUCAGCAGUGUUAGGCACCUUCUUUUUUAAAAGAAGGCUUCGAUUGGGGAGAACAUCAUCAUCCACAGCACAAGAAAAAAUGUCAUCGACACCUCCUCAUCCUUCACCACCGCGUGAUGAAAGUACUCUUGCUUCACACAUUGAUAUCGAGAAACCUUCAUCGUCAUACAAGGAGAUUUGUAUAUCAUUGCCCUAUCCACCCCAGUCGACAUUUCUCUUUUCAGAUAAGCUUGAGCUGGGGUCGAACGAUGAUGCUGCCGCUUUGUACCAGAAAUACAUGAAUAGCAGCGAUGCUGGUGUGACACCAAAUCCUGGCAACGGUAAACGUGCAUCCGUUGCUGCCACGCUCAAAAACACCUUACGUCAAUCAUUGCGUCUUCAAAAGAGCAACAAGACUCCUUUGAGUCAUGUUGCUUUUGAUCCACCACCUUCCGCAACAGGAAAGCAAUCAUCUAGUGAACAUCAACAACCAAACAACAACGCACGUCGUUUGUCCACGCGACGCUCUCUUUCCAUCAAGAAAAAAUCGACCACAACACUUUCUCCAGACUCGAAACUCGAAUGCUCCAACAUCUCUUGUUCAUCGCCCGUCUUUAGUGAGAAUGACCAGUCUACGCUACAAUCCAAGAGUCGAUCUAUGGAUAGUGACCAUGUCGUCGCCGUAGCUGAAAGUCGACCCAUUGUGCCUAGAAUAUCCGAUCAGUAUGAGCGACCCACCGCGUUACCAGCAUCUCCUCCUCUUCCUCCUUCUCCUUGUCAUUACUCAACCCCUGCAUCGCCGCAUUCGUCAACAACGCCAUCGACAGCCUUGGGAGAUGCUGAAAAGGAGGGAGCCACUGCUGAACUAACAGCUCACCAAGUGAUUCAGUAUGCGUCAGUACGUACCAAGCAUCGAGCUGAUCAACGCAAGAGUGCUUUGGAUUGUUUUGCGUCAUCAUCAUCACAACCACCACCCUUGCAGCAGGAAAAUCCAUUCGCUUCUAUCCAUGAUAAUAAUCGUCCUCAUGAUACCAUUUCUCGACGACAACGUGAAAACAAAAAGAGCAUGGAUGGCCUAUUUGGAUCGGAUAUGCAUCGGGAUAUGAGUGAGCCACCACCGCAUUCUCAGCCACAGUCAACAGCAGCAGCCACUACAAUGAGAGAACGUGAUACAACAACCACCACUGCUACUAUGCCCAUUGAUCCAUCACUUGAUGCUAAAUGUGAAUUACCCGAUGAUGAUGAUAUUCAACCCAACCAUAAUGCAACGACAACAGACUUGCCAGAUAUUCCACAAUGUCGAGUAUCGGCUGAAUUGAGUGCCAUGAACAUAUUCACAGAGAGCUAUUCAUCCGAUUCGAGUCAAGAAGAGGAGGAGGAGGAUCCUAUGCCAACCCAUUACAAAGACGACAAGAAGCAACCACUGGAUGACACAAAACAAUCAUCAGCCGCCAACAAUCCCACGACCACCACCGAUAAGGGGACGACAACGCCUCCAGUAAGAGAGAGUUUGCCACGCAAUGGCAGUGUGCAGGACAUUAUUCAUUGGUGGCAGAAAGAAUCUUCUCUUCGAAGCAGCAAUAGUGAGCAAUCAAUCAGCUCUACCACGCAAAAACAACAAGCGCCAUCCUCUUCUCUAUCACAAUCAACCAACAACAAUGACACAGCCACUACCACUGCUGGUGCUAAGCCAACACCUUCAGCUUCAGAGCCAUCAUCUACCAUACGUUCCAAUCGAAACAGCAUUCUUGGCACACCACGGCCCACACCACCCGCCUCCAUGCGUAUUGGAAAUCAUGCUGCGACAGGAACAACCUCACCACGUGCCAGCUUGGGUAGUUUAUCGCGUACAUCAGCCGCUGAGCGAAUGAAGAUUCUUGCCAAUAGCAGUAUUAGCAGCAAUACAAGCCAUGUGGAUUCACUACGUAAAAAGUUGCAAACUACAGCAUGGCCGACAACAACAACAUCAGCAUCUGGCAACAGCCCUACGCAUAGCAACAAUAGCAGUGCCAAUAGCAGUUUACGUUGUGACCCCCCACCAGCAGGUCUUGUGUCCUUGUCUGCAAGAGCUCAGCAAUCCUAUCGUCCAGCAAUGCCAUUCAUGGGUGAAGAAGAUUUUGAAGCACCUGUACCCACCGCAUCAUUUUCAUCAUCCACUGUACGCACCAUGAUCCCUGCAGAUGAAUACAUUGGCCCUGGUGGUGGCGCUUCCAUUGUGGAUAAUCCUCCUGCUGGUGGUGGUGGUAGUAGCAACAAUGGAUCCUUUAGUCGAAGCAAUCCCAUCAAUCAACGGCAGCAGCAACAAGCUAAACCUGUUCCACCUACAUCAUCCAAGCCAAAUCCUACUAGUAGCAGUGUACGAUCCUCAUCACCUACAAAAGAAACGACACAAAAAGAGGCUGCACCAUCACCAUCACCCAAACGAGAAAAUACACAACAAGCGUAUACUACAAUGCGUGGUGGAAAACGAACACGAGGAUCUAUCCCUUGGUUACCUGAAUCAGCAGCAGCAACAGCAACAACUUCUACCAACACCGACAAAAAGACACCAGCACAAAAGGAACGUGAUCGUUAUCUCAAGUCGUUGAAAUAA